CGGCCGUCGCCGCUACGGGCGCCCGGGCGGGGCCCACAGUGAGCCCACCGGGAAGAGAUGAGGACACAGAGGCUUAUAAAGAUCAAGUGACUGAUCCAAGGUCACGCACCAGGGCGGGCGGGCUGCAGAGGCGCCGACAUGGGGCUGAAGCUGACCUGCCUGAAAGGGUUGAUGGCCUUGACUCAAGACAGGAAGAAUGAGGUUGGGAUCUGGCAAGAGCACUUUCAUGUCAGCUGGACAUGAAGACUGGGCCGGAUUGCCUGAGUUUAUGGGAGAAAGAAGACAAGGAUUGCAACAAUUUAGAAGAAAGAGAUGCCUUGAUAAAUGUAACUUACCCAAAAGGACAAAAGGAAACAAAAUCUGAAUAGCGCCACCUCUUACGAAAGAACCCCAAUUUGUAAUCAAAAGUUUUUGCACAAAGACAGUUCCAGGCCCAGGCAGUUUCUCCAGUGAAUUCAGCCCAACGCUUAAGGAAGAAACAGCACUGACUCUCUUAGAAGGUAAUCUGUGGGGGACGUAACUUCAUGCGCAGCGCUGCCUCCUGCAGGCAAGCCAAGCCUGUGACUUUCCCCCACUCGGAGUUGUGUCUUGAGUACCUACUGCGUGCUACAUCCCCCAACGUUAACAUGAGUGACCAAAGCAGAGAAAACUCAUACCCUGGCCAAGUGGCGCCAGCUCGGACGGGUCCUGACGUGGGCACGCAGAGCGGUCCCCUGGGUCCUGCGUCACGGGGACCCAUGGCGACGGAGAAGGGUGGCGGGCAGUCCCCAGCGGCCACUGACCCCUGUCUCUCUGUCGUGUGUGUAUGUGUGUGUCCCAUGGCCUGCCCUCUCAGGCUUAAAAAUGUGUGUCAGCAGCAGCGGCAGCCACGACGAGGCCCCCGUGCUGAGUGACAAGCACCUGGACGUCCCCAACAUCAUUAUCACGCCGCCGACCCCCACGGGCGUGGCCCUGCCCAGGGACCCCCGGAGGGCAGUCUGGCUGGACGAGUCAGGGUCGUGCCUGGAGGAUGGAGAAAUUGACCCUGAGGCCUGAGGUGGCGGCGCAGGUCAGGGGUUCGCCUGCCCCGACUCCCGCUUUGGCCAUCCCCCUCUCCGCGUGUCCGGAGCCCUGGGAUGCUCUGCUGAGGACACUGGCUGGGAGGACGCGGCGGUUCCAGCACUGGACCAGAGGCGUGGGGAGAGGAGCGAGCCAUCAGCCCCGCCCGGUUCCAGAGCACCACUUCCGAGGCCCCGUGGGGUGGACCGGCCCUCCGACGCCUCCACGUUCUCGCCGCCCCCCGGCCUGGUGACGGGUGCCGUCCAGGAGAGGCUCCCUUCUGGCCAGCUGGAGCCCCCGUGCGCGGGGCCAUGCAGACAGGCGCCCUGGAGGUGCACACACAAAGGACUUCUUGCACAGGACUGGCUACGUUUUUUAAAAGUUGUCUUAAAGGCAUCGAAACUGUCCAGAAAGUGACUUGUAAGUUCUUUUUUGCAUUGUAAAUAAAGAUCCCGUGUAAC